GAUCAUACCACAGCUGGAGAACUCACCCUGCCAAGUUUCACCAAGCAGCCUGCCUGGCUCUGAGAUUUCAGAGGCCACAAGGACUUACCUGCAAGGAGUGAGCCGCUAUGACCUGGACGAGCUCGACGCUUGCUGGUUGGAACUGGUCAAUAUGGAGCUCAAGGAGAUGGAAAAGCCCGAGCUGGAUGAGAUCACCCUGGAGAGAGUGCUGGAGGAGCUGGAGACCAUGUGCUAUGAGAACAUGAACAUUGCCAUCGAGACAGAGGAGGGCUUGGGCAUCGAGUACGACGAGGACGUGGUGUGCGACGUCUGCCGCUCGCCCGAGGGGGAGGAUGGCAAUGAGAUGGUGUUUUGUGACAAGUGCAACGUCUGCGUGCACCAGGCUUGCUAUGGCAUCCUGAAGGUGCCCAUUGGGAGCUGGCUGUGCCGGACCUGUGCCCUCGGUGUCCAGCCCAAGUGUCUGCUCUGCCCGAAGCGAGGGGGAGCGCUGAAGCCCACCAGGAGUGGGACCAAAUGGGUCCACGUUAGCUGUGCCUUAUGGAUUCCUGAGGUUAGCAUUGGAUGUCCUGAAAAAAUGGAACCCAUUACAAAGAUCUCACAUAUCCCAGCAAGCAGAUGGGCUUUGUCCUGCAGCCUCUGCAAGGAGUGCACUGGAACGUGUAUCCAGUGCUCCAUGCCCGCCUGCGUCACCGCGUUCCACGUCACCUGCGCCUUCGACCACAACCUGGACAUGAGGACUAUCCUGGCAGACAACGACGAGGUGAAGUUCAAAUCCUUCUGCCUUGAGCACAGCACCGGGGCCACCAAAUUGCCCGAGGAGGCAAGGACAGAGCCCGACCAAGCCCAGCUGGACUUGGAGAAGGUGACGCUGCGGAAGCAGAAGCUCCAGCAGUUGGAGGAGGACUUCUAUGAACUCGUGAAGCCUUCAGAGGUGGCAGAGAACCUUGACUUAAGUGAAUCGCUGGUGGAUUUUGUCUAUCAGUACUGGAAGUUGAAGAGGAAAGCAAAUUCUAACAAACCACUGCUGACACCAAAAACAGAUGAAGUGGACAACUUGGCCCAGCAAGAACAGGACGUUCUCUACAGACGCUUGAAGCUCUUCAUGCACCUCAGGCAAGACCUGGAGAGGGUUAGAAAUCUCUGUUACAUGGUGACGAGACGGGAGAAAAUGAAACACACCAUUUGUAAACUCCAGGAGCAGAUCUUCCACCUCCAGAUGAAGCUCAUUGAGAAAGAUCUUUACCCAGAACAAACUGGGAAGAAGACAAAGGGUAAGAAAAGUGACCCGAGGAGGAAAGGAAGAGAUGGUAGAAAAAAUAGUCCUGAGAAGAAAGAGAAAAGGAAAUCAGUCAACGAAACUGUGUUGGGACAACUGGGCUUGUCGACCUCCUUCCCCAUCGACGGGACCUUCUUCAACAGCUGGCUGGCGCAGUCGGUCCAGAUCACCGAGUGGGCCCUCAACAAGUCCCACCACGAGGACAGCACCCCCGGCCUCUCCUAGGAGCUCCUGCAGGACGAGGAGACCUUGCUGAGCUUCAUGAUGGACCACUCCCUCCGCUCCCCCUUCAAGCAGAGCGAGGCCACCAAAAAAGCGAAAAGCAAACCCAGAACGAACACUAAGAAAAAGCUGCCCAGGAGCA